AUGCUGAAGAACAUAAAAUUGCCUACUACGAAGCGAAAUAUCAUGCAUUUUUUAGCUAGUAUCUAUGAUCCACUAGGGAUAAUUAACCCUAUUGUUGUGACAAUUAAAGUAUUGUUCCAAGAUUUGUGUGUUGCAAAAUUUGACUGGGAUCAACCUUUAGAAGGUGAAUUUUUACAAAGAUGGAAUGAAAUUUGUACUAGCUUUGACACUGAAACUUUAAAUAUUGACAGACUUUAUGCUUAUAAAGAUGAAAAUGAUCAAUUUGAAAACAUUGAAUUACAUGGAUUUUCUGAUGGCUCUAAAAUUGCUUAUGGAUGUUGUGUAUACAUUCGAUUUACUUACAAGUCUGGUAAAGUUAAAACUGCACUUUUGAGUUCAAAAUCAAGAAUUAAACCAUUAACAAAUACCACUAUACCACGAAUUGAACUUUUAGGCACUUUGGUGCUAGCUAGAUUAAUGGACGUUUUAAAAAAGGAAUUAUUGAAUGUGUAUAAUAUUGACAAUAUUUUCUAUUGGACUGAUUCAACUAUUGCAUAUUCAUGGAUUAAAAACGAUAACAAAGAUUAUAAAACCUUUGUUCAAAACCGCUUAGAGGAAAUUAGAAAACUGACUGCAUCUGGCAAAUGGUGUUUAGUACCAUUGAAAGACAACCCUGCAGAUAUAGUAUCUAGGGGUUGCUCCCCCUCUGAAUUGAAUUCUUUGUGGUUCAGUGGACCCACGUUUCUAACUUUACAUGAAACCCACUGGCCACACCUUAAACCUGGUGAUAAGUUUAUUAGUGAUGACAUGACAAAAGAAGAAGUUAGAAAAGAAGAAAAAGUUCAAACAUUAAAUAAUGAACUAAAAAAUAUUACUGUGUCUGAAAAUCUAUCUAUUAUUUCUACUGAUACUGUGUCUGAGAAUGUUUGUGAUAAUGUUAUGUCUUCUACUACUCCUGUGUCUGAUGAAGUGUAUGAUACUGUAUGUGAUGUUUCUACUGCCAAUGAAAAUGUCUCGGAUAGUGUAAACACGAAUUUCCCAAUUAUACCGGGUAUUCGUAACAUAAUUGAUAUAAAAAAAUACAGUAGUUUUGAUAAAUUAGUACACGUCACAGCUUAUGUGAUGAGAUUUAUAAGUAAUGUAAAAAAGAAGAAAGAAGAUAGAAAAAAUUUUAAUUAUAAGAGGCUAUCAGCCGAAGAAAUUGGUCAUGCAAGAUUGGUAAUCAUCAAAGAUGCUCAAGAAGAUGUGAAAAGACACAAGAAAUUUAAACAUUGGGAAAAGAACCUGGAUUUAUUUGAAGACACAGAUUUUUUGCUGAGGUGCAGGGGUCGGUUAGGAAAUGCUCCUGUACCAUAUAACUCCAGGUAUCCUAUUCUGUUAGUACCAGACUCUUAUCUAACAAAAUUAAUCAUUCGACAUGUGCAUGAAUCUGUGAAGCAUUAUGGCACAAAAAUAACACUCACAGAACUUAGAAGAGAAUUUUGGAUUCCAUCUGGUAGAAAUGUUGUUAGAAAUUUUAUUCGUACAUGUCAAAAGUGCCGAAGGUACGAGAACAAACCAUAUCCUUACCCAGAUCCUCCAUCAUUACCGAAGAGUAGAUUACAAGAUAACAUGUCAUUUGAAGUAGUUGGCAUCGACUAUGCUGGUCCUUUAUUUGUAAAAAAUGUUUUUAACGAAGAACCAGAUAUGUAUAAAGCUUGGAUAGUUCUUAUAACGUGUGCGAGUACUAGAGCUAUUCAUUUAGACUUAGCUUCGAAUUCUUCUGGACCUGAAUGUAUAGAAGUUCUGAAACGAUUUAUUGCUCGAAAAGGAGCACCGAACUUCAUUUUAUCUGACAAUGGUAAAUGUUUUAUUAGCGAAGACGUACAAAACUUUGCUGCUAGUAAAAAUAUUAAUUGGAAAUUUAAUAUUGAGUCUGCCCCUUGGCAAGGCGGAUUCUUCGAACGUUUGGUCAAAUCAGUCAAAAGACCACUGAAACCAUUAACGUACAUAUAUGAAGAACUUAAUGAAGAACCAUUAACACCUAAUCAUCUUAUGUAUGGAAGAAAAUUAAACACGAAAGCAGAUGAGAACAACUUAAUACCUGAAGAUCUCUCGGCUGAUAUGAGUGUCAAACGGAAAGAAAACGUAAACCGAUUACUGACACACUUUUGGAAUAGAUGGCGUGACGAAUACGUCACAGAAUUACGAGAAUUCCACAAAUUGAAGAAUAGUCGUUUCAAUAAAUGUUUAAUUCCAAACGUUGACGACGUAGUUGUUGUUGCUGAUGAUAGAAUGCCACGAUCACAAUGGCGAAUUGGUCGAAUAAAAGAAACGUUGAAGGGAAAAGAUGGAAAAAAACGUGCAGCGAUAGUACAAUGCAAAACUGAUCAAGACAGACGAUCAAAUUUACGGCGACCGAUCAAUAAAUUGAUACCGUUUGAACAGUGUAUUAUUCCAAACGAUGAAUCAACAGAACCAGCAAUACAAUUUAUUGAUGAACAAUCAGUUACACAAAACGAUCAGUUAGCUGAAUCAAAGAUAACAUUUGUUGAUGAAAAGGAUCUUGAGAUUGAAAACAUUUGA